AUGUGGGAGUUUCUUCUGGUAAGUCCAACAACAUGGUUUAAUUAUCAAAAGAGAUUUAAAGUUCAUGUAAAAACUAUUUUAACACAGAAACAUCAUGAUCUUAAAAUCAUGUUUUUUCGAUGGGUUUUUGUAGCAGUUUUAUUACUUUUCUUGCACUCUACUUAAAUUUCUACACCUUUGCUUAAAUUUUUAAAAGAAAAUAUAUAAUUUAUAUUCUCAGCGGCGAUUCUCAGCUAGCCAAUUUAGACAUUUUUUUGCUCCUACCAGAUUGCAAAAUUUGAGAACAGAAUAAUUUGCCGCAAAUGACUUUUUUCAGUUCGUCCCGACUGCGUUAGUUGCGAGUUAAGUCGAAAGAAAAAUUUUUAUUUCUUAACGAUUUGUUAACUGUGGCUACGACUUACUAGAAGAGACUAAAUCAAAGGAAUCAACCAAAAAAAGUCCUAUGUGAAUCCACUUUCCACUGAGAUGGAAUUAGGUUCUUGAUCUUGAAAGGUUCUCGUCAAAUAGAAAAAAAAAAUCUUUUUUUUAAAUUAUGAUUAAGAUAAUGAGAUUUCGAUAAUAUUUAGAAGAUCAAAGAAAAAAUAAGUCAAAUCUUAAUAAACAUUACUUUACUGUGAGCGUCAGAAAAAAGUUCUAACAAGGGAAUGUUUCUAAAACCCCGGUUGAACUUUUGUUGAAACUCGCUGUAGCGCUCUUGAGAACCUCCCCAGAAUGAGAAAAACAUUUAUUCUAUAGAUCUUGCUUUCGAGUCGCUUCAAAGUUCCCAAAAACGCGAGUUAUGAUUUUUAAAAAAAAGCGCAAUUUCAAGCUUUUGAAGAUUCUUAACUCGAAAACCAGAACCUCUAUUGCGAGAAUUUCUUUUUUUGUUCCGAUCCGGAGGUCCCAAAGAACAUUUCAGCGAAGUUUCAUCAAAAUUUCAACCGGGAAACGUCCCCUAGUGAGAUAAUUUCUGGGGUUUCCCAGCUCCGAGCUUUUCAAAAUUACCGGAAAGGUAUUAUAUAGCAAACCUUUUUCCCGGGGAAAAAAGACGUGGUCUUCCAGAUUGUUACAGCGACGGCGAACGUCGUCUUUGGCCAAAUAGAAGACGUCAAUGCUCAGCUUUUCAACGACAGACAGUUUGUAAGUUUUCUUGGAUUCGCAGUAAAGAAGAAGGCUAUGAAAAUAUAUUUGCAAGCAAAAUGAUUCAAUAUUUUCUAAAAUUCUCUUGACCUUCACAGAAAAACAACAUUCAAGCACGUAAAUUUUUAAAAAAAAGCGCAUGUCGGUCGCAGAGGUCAGGUUUACUUUUUUUACACUUUGUUAUUUUUUUUUCUUUUUCUUAUCAACUAAUCGGUUUUCAUAAUUUAUCAUUUUUAUAAGGUUUGGUUAGGUUUUUUUUUCCCAUAGGAACAUUUUUGGAUAAGAUGUUUCUCUGUCUGAAGACUUGGAAUAUAUAGAAGAGAUUUCUUCACCUGCUCCUGUGAGAUUCGAGAAUUUUUUUCUUUAUUAGUUUUUAUUUAUCGCCAUGAUCCUUGGCAGGUGUACAAACGAAAGUGACUUUGAAUCAAUACCGUCAGAACUUCGUGGUUUGAACGUCCUUAUUAUAAAUAUUAUAAUUUAUGUGAUUUCGUGCAACAUGCUUUUUUCAGGAAGGAGCAGGCGUGAAGUCGAGACUGACAACCACAGGUACGAAUUACGUAGCAGGCGUUGUAGCGAACGCCUUGGUCGUCCACUUCGCCGAUGUCAGGCUGCCUCCAAAAACAUUCCAGGUCGAAGAGAACUCUUUUCAGAUCGAUCCGUGGGGAGAAAAACGGGAUAUUGGCGAGGGUUUUAAUAAGCAUCGGGUUCAGAUCAACCUCUUCUUCAAAGUUGAAAGUUUCAGUUACAAAACGCGCCGACGGUAACUGUGUCGAACACGUCGCUGACGUCGUUUCGGCUGCUUCCGAACACUUUCAGUAGUUUGACAGCCGACGGACUACUGCACUUUCGGGCCACGAACGUCGCUAUUAGGUGAGUCUGGCGAAGCGGAUUUGUGAAUGUUCACGAGUACAGCACCAAAUCAACGGUUCGCGGAGUUUUGCGAGGAGUUCCGCUGGCUCAUCAGCUGCUGGUCGACACGGCAAAGGCCCAGCUCGAGGUUUCUCUCCGCGUCAUCAAGCAGGCCAACGGAAACCCGGCGUUCAAGGUUUCCCUACAUCUGAAGCUUUAGGAAGAAACAUUUACGCAGCGUAAGUGUUUAUGAUUUAAAUUGAAUAUUUUUGGACCACUUUGAACAUCAUUAUUUUGAUAAUUGAAAAAGUAUUGUGAGUUUUUAAAACUCUCUUAGAAUGAACUAACAGCUCAAAUAAUCAAUUAGGUAAGACGAUUUUCAGAGGUCUUUUUUCCCUCAAUUGGAGACCAGAGACGAACUUAGCUUUCCUUAUUUCCGCCUCUCGUCAUAUAUUUGACAAAUGAUCGUUGUUUAAUUGAGUAGUCUUCUUCUCAUCAUUCAGAAGCUUUUUCUGAGACCAAAUCAGAUUUUCCUUUUGUACUAAUGUUUCAAAUGGCGAAUACAGAUGACCUCCUGUUCUGUUCGCGCUCCGUCGGCCAACGGAGACGCCAUUCCGAAGCUGAGCCCUCAGAAUGAGCGAAAUCUCAUGGUGAGUUUAUUUCUACUCGAGGAAUAUUUGGCAGAGUUUCCUGAGUCUCAACUUUCAAUUUUUUGUUUUUUUUUAGGAAGCGCUCAUGAGGGAGUUGGGAGCUGUUUUUGGAAAGCUUAUGUGUCCGAGAAUCGCCAACAUAUUGGACACAAGAGUUUUUUUCUUCAAACAAUUAAAAUCUUUCAAUGAAUUAUCUAGAUAAACCAAAGAUUUUCUCUGUUGUCUUCGAAGAUUUCCCUCGAAGAAACGACGAACUUCGACAUCGUCCGCAGCAUUCUACGGGCUGAAGAGAAACUGAAGCGGCUUGUCAGACAGAAGUAAGCAUUUUCGUUGACUGAAUCUUCAAGGAACAUUCUUUCAGCUUGCAAGUCGGAGACGUUGUAAGAAGGACUCUAUCUUCCAGGUCCGCAGCCUCAAGUUUUACAUAACAAGAAGGAUUUUAGAUUAAUAUUUCAAAAUUAAGGACUCCUCUGUUUAGUAAAGUUAAAAGAUUUCUUUUAUUUUCUUUUCCAGAGGUGUUAGCAUCUCAAUAUUCAAAUAGAAAAAUGGCUCAUUUAAGUUCAAAGAUAAUUGAGGAUUCAACUCCUUCAAAAACAAUACUCCAUUAAUAUUUUAUUGCAACCCUAAUCUGUCGACCUUUUUAUGAUUUUAAUGAGUAUAAUAGUUUUUCAUUUUGAUUAAGGAGAUUACCUUCUUUUUUUUCUAAUUCUGAAAGUUGGACAUCUUGUUUCGACGGUUGGGCUUGCUAGACAGUAAAUGAGUGAAAUAAGAGUGUUUCAGACGGGAUAUUCACGCGCGACUCCGACGCCAGGUUCAACGUGUGCGGCAAAUGAAUUGGCCGGCUGGCCAGCAAAGGUUUGUUUCUGAAAGGGGAGCCGGAUCGAAAAGGCUUCUGCACAGACUAAUGCUCCGCGCUCCGCCCGUAUGGAACUCUUUUUGGAAUCGCAGGAAACGACAGGAAAAGUUCCACCUCAUCGUCAAUACUUUCAACAUUGUCAGUAUGAAAGACUCACGUAAGCCAAAAGAAGGUUGCGGUCCGCAGACAUGACCUGAGUUGUAUGAAAAGCAGAUAUUCCGGGUAUUUUAUGGAAGUUAUACCCGUUCAAUUCACCUUUCCCGACUAUCUGUACUAUUUGCUUCAAAUAGAAUUCACCAAAAAUUUCGGAUUUUUUUAAAGAUGCUUUUUUAAAACAGAAAGUUGUACUUGAAAUAGUUUUUUAGUGAGAAACUAUUGAACUUUAUUUUUCAAAGUUUUCCGAGGGAUUUCGCAACAAGUUACAUCAUGGAAAUGUGUUCCCUGCGAAACUUGUUUCUAUUUCCGAAUCGCAAAGUAAAACGAGCUUCCCUGUAAGUAGUGUGUGAUUUAAGAGCCGCGCCACCUCGCUCCGUCUCGAUUUCGCUAUGCUCUCGGCACCUUUGCUCACCCCGAACGGUAUUGAGAUCAUGACAAAUGGAGAGGUUCUGGAGCUUGGAAAGAAUUAUCGAGCUCUUUCGUUUCAAGAUUGCUGCUGUCGGACAGUCGACGCCGUUCGGGGCCCGACCGAUGUCGCUGCCGCCGCCUAAUCCACAGAACAUGCUGCAGACGGUCGUCUCCGACUUCGUUCCCAACUCUCUGCUAUUCCACGGACACAAGUGCUUUCCUGUCUGAGAUCAGAAUCACAGUUGAGAGCUGCAGGACUGGAAUGUUUGACACUCGCGUCGACUGGAACACAGCCCAGCUGGGACCUAUGAUGAGGACCACUUGCGACCUCACUACCGGCUCGCUUUUCUGCGUCGGAGACCUUUUCCCCACUCUCCGAGACUCGGUCAGUCUUUUCUGAUCAGCCAUGUUAAUGUAUCUUUUCUUUCCUCUCUUGAGCCACUCUUACAGAGAGUUUUUUCGCAAAAUGCAUAAUUAGUUCAAUCGACAAUAUAGUCGCUGUGAAUCCGUUUUAUUUUUUCAUUGAUUAUUUUUAAGAUAAUUCUUCGAAAAAAUCUUCGAUUCGUACAACGGUCCCUAACAAGAAACAAAAACAACGACGCGUUCAGGUGCCCGAUAAGCGACUUGCGUUUCUGUUCACGACUCUAAGCGCGCCUGCGGUGAUCGUGCGUCCUGAACAGCUCGGCGGCAUCGGCUUCUCUCUCGUCGGACUCAUCGACAUUGUGACGGAAGAUGAGCAGCACGUCGGUCAAAUGCAAAUCAACAUAACUGCCAAUAUGAAGAUGAGACUCACGUCGACCGCAGUGAAGGGCCGCGUCGCUGUCGACGACAUCGUCUUGGUGGGGCAAUUCUACAUAAUAUGGGAAAAGCUUGGAAUGAGAAAAUUUUUUGAGAGCUUUAAGUCUUCUUCUUAUUUGAAAACUAAUGUGUGUGAAGUAUAAAAUUAAAAUUUUGAAACUUAGUUUUAAACUGAUUUCGGAGCGAGACGUACAGUUUCGAUCCAAAACUUUGCUUCCUCUGCCCAAACACCUUCAUUCUUUUGAAAAAACUUUCAUCUUCCUAGUUCGAUUGUUUCUUCAAAAGAGAAAGCCCAAGUUUCAGAAAACACGGACUCCACAAAUUCUCGUACAAGAGGAGCUCGACGACGCCGGCUUCCUUUCGCGUGAGAUCCUCCAACGGAUGGUCAACGACAUUUUGAAGCAGGGCGUUCCUAUUCCAGUUCAUCCUCUCUUCAAGCUUGUCAAGCCCAAAGUGAGGUGUUCGGUAGUUCUGUCUUGAUAUCUCCUUUUCGCUUUUAAAAGCUGCAAUUCGUAUCUCAUUUUGUUUUUUGAAGUAGAGUUUCAAUUUCAGUUGACGCUGGGAAACCGAUCUCUGGUGUUGGAAACAAACUUUUCCCUCAACGAACACAUUAUCCGACAGCUUACCGCUGAGAAUCUCACUGUUUGA